AUGAUGAAGCUGCAGACGGACACAAGGACACCCGAGAACAAACCCGGAAAAAGCCCCAGGAUUCCGGACAUCGACGGUGACAGCUUCACUCACCCGCACCGGAGAACCGGGCCUCAUUCAGCGGGGCUGCCGGGGAGCGACAGGCCGAACACGGGGAAGUCGUCCUUUGUGUCCGGGAUACGGCUACAGAAGGAGCCGCCGUGCCUCCGUAUCAGACCCGAGUCCAGCUCUGGUGCUGCCGCGUCCCUGGAGCAGAUUCUCGGCUCGGUUCUACCGGACAGAGACGUCUUAAAACGGUUCCGCUGCUUCCGCCUCCGCGCUGCCGAGGUUCAAACCGCUCCGCGUCCGUCACCGCGGCUGCUGCGAGGCGCCAAACCUCCGGGCCAAUCAGAGGAGCCGACCAUCCAGACCUCACACCGACUCCAGAGCGACUCAGGCCGGGACGGAGCGCCGCUGGACCGGGAGGAGGACCGGGGAUCCGCGCGAGAGCUCAGGGGGGGGGACUCCCGCUGCACUUCUGAGGCUGAACCUCAAGAUUCAAAGACUCAGAGGAGGAUGAAUCCUCAGUGCGCCCGAUGUGCGAAGAUCGUCUACCCGACGGAGAAAGUCAGCUGCCUGGACAAGAACUGGCACAAAGGAUGUUUCCACUGCGAGGUUUGCAAGAUGACUCUGAACAUGAAAAACUACAAAGGCUACGACAAGAAACCCUACUGCAACGCACAUUACCCCAAGACCUCGUUCACCAUCGUGGCCGACACACCGGAGAACCUGAGACUGAGACACCAGAGCGAGCUGCAGAGCCAGGUGAAGUAUAAAAAGGACUUUGAGGAGAGUAAAGGCCGAGGGUUCAGCAUCGUGUCCGACACUCCAGAGAUGCAAAGACUCAGAAGGACUCAGGAGCAGAUCAGUAAUGUAUGUGUACACACACACACACACACACACACACACAAACAUAUUGUCCUGGUGUUGAGAUGUGUGCGAGUGAGUGAAUGUGAUGUGAAGGAUUUACGUGUGUUGUAUGAGAAGGGGUGCAGUUAGUUGGUGAGCAAACCAAACACACACACACACGCACACACACACACACACACACACACACACACACACACACACACACACACCAUGGAGCCCUCCGGUGUUGCCGUCUCCAGACGUUGAAGUGGAGCUUCGUCUUCAGCCGUCAGCGUAAGUGUGAGUUUUUGUUUUAUUGAUCUAACGUCACGUUUGAAAAGCAGCAAAGUCAUAUUUUAUUAUUGAACCAACAGAGUUUCAGACGGAGGAUGAAGGACACCGGGG